AUGCGAAGAGGUUGCUCUUCCUCAUCAUCAUGUGUGUAUGGCGGCAGAUACAGUAAUACCACAUUUUCCUCUGGCUUUAUGGCUAAAGAAACCUUAACCAUAACAAGUUCAGAUGUGUUCCAAUGGUUUAUAUUUGGCUGUGGACAAAGAAACAAUUUCCCAAACGGUGGAAGUGCAGCUGGGGUAUUAGGACUUGGCCGUGGAUGGCUUUCCCUAGUAUCCUAAACUGCUAACAAGUAUCAUAAAGUUUUCUCCUAUUCUUUGCCACCAAGUGAUAGAUCAACCGGAUACCUAAAAUUUGGUGAUAAGAACAUCCCAAGUUCCGUUAAAUUCACACCCAUGUCGGAUUCCUUCCAAGGAACACACUAUUACGGCCUUGAUAUUGUCGAUAUAGGCGUAGGAGGCGAGAGACUAUCCAUUGACAGGUUGGUUUUUAUGACUUUAGGUACCGUCAUUGACUCGGCAUCUUUGAUCACAAGCCUCCCUCCGGCAGCCUAUGCAAGAACCCGAAGAGCUUUCAAAGUAAGGAUGACCAAGUAUCCAAGGGCACUGACAGUCGAAUUUCUAGGGACAUGCUUUAAUUUUAGUGGUAAUACUAGUGUUGUAAUGCCAACGAUCAGCUUAUACUUUGAUGGGGGCCUUGAGAUGCCUCUUGAUGCUAGAGGGAUUUUGUAUGUUAACAAGAUAUCUCAAGCCUGUCUGGCUUGCAAAAAUGGUGAUGAUAAUGAUGUAAUGAUCCUAGGAAAUUCUCAACAGAAGGGGUACGAGGUCGUCUAUGAUGAUGCCAAUGGAAGGGUUGGAUUUGCACCUGUUACCAACGAAAAGUCAUCAUUAGCGAUUGUAAACAAGCAUGGUCCAUGCUCUCAACUGAACCAAGACAAAGCAAACGCUCCCUCUCACUCUGAAAUUCUCCGCCAAGACCAAGCCCGAGCUGAUUCAAUCCACUCCAUGCUCUCCCUAAGUUCCACGGAGAAGACAUCACUUCAAGACCAACCAGGAAUCUCGGUUGGCACCGGCAAGUACCAGGUCACCAUGGGCUUUGGUUCGCACAAAACGGAGCUUUCCCUGGUAUUUGACACUGCUAGUCAAUUAACUUGGACUCAGUGCCAGCCAUGCUUUGGAUAUUGCUAUGAACAAAAGGAACCAAUAUUCGAUCCAUCAAAGUCAUCAUCCUAUACCAACAUUCAAUGCUCCUCGGCCACGUGCAAACAAAUUUCUUCCGAAGGUAUGCAAGCAGGUUGCUCUUCCUCAUCAUCAUGUGUGUAUGGCGUCACAUACAGUAAUACAACAUUUUCCGUUGGCUACAUGGCUAAAGACACCUUAACCAUAACAAGUUCAAAUGUGUUUCAAGGGUUCUUAUUUGGCUGUGGGCAAAGAAAUCGCUUCCCUAACGGUGGAAGUGCAGCUGGGGUAUUAGGACUUGGCCGUGGAUGGUUUUCCAUAGUAUCCCAAACUGCUAACACGUAUCACAAAGUUUUCUCCUAUUGUUUGCCACCAAGUGAUAGAUCAACCGGAUACCUAAGAUUUGGUGAUAAGAACCUCCCAAGUUCCGUUCAAUUCACACCCAUGUCAAGUUCCUUUCAAGGAACACACUAUUACGGCCUUGAUAUUGUUGAUAUAGGCGUAGGAGGCGAGAGACUAUCCAUUGACAGGUCGGUUUUUACGACUUCAGGCACCGUCAUUGACUCGGCAUCUUUGAUCACACGCCUCCCUCCGCCAGCCUAUUCAAGAGUCCGGAGAGCUUUCGAAGUAAGGAUGACCAAGUAUCCAAGGGCACCAGCAUUUGAAUCUCUAGGGACAUGCUUUGAUUUUAGUGGUAAUACUAGUGUUGUAAUGCCAACGAUCAGCUUAUACUUUGAUGGGGGCCUUGAGAUGCCUAUUGAUGCUAGAGGGAUCUUGUAUGUUAACAAGAUAUCUCAAGCCUGUCUGGCUUUUGCAAAAAAUGGUGAUGAUAAUGAUGUAAUGAUCCUAGGAAAUUUUCAACAGAAGGGGUAUGAGGUCGUCUAUGAUGAUGCCAAUGGAAGGGUUGGAUUCGCACCUGGUCGUUGUGGCUAA